UCCAUGGUAACGCGCCAUGAAGAGGCUGCAGUCCCCGAGGAGAAGCGGAGCUCGCGGUCAUGUGCUCUCACAAGAUGGCGACUUCAGUGCUGGGAUACAGAGCAGUUUGCUGAUGUGAUUUUUCUCCUCCUACAUGGACAAGCGCUCAUUCUGAAUGAGUGAACACAGCGAAUACAGCUUUGUCCAUCGGAAUUACAGCACGAGCAUGGCCAUCCAUGUGUUUGAUAAUGAUGAGUACAGGCCACCAGUAUGGAAAUCUUACUUGUAUCAGCUCCAGCAGGAGGCGCCACACCCCCGGCGGGUUACUUGCACUUGCGAGGUUGAGAACAGACCGAAGUACUACGGGCGAGAGUACCAUGGCAUGAUCUCCAGAGAGGAGGCAGAUCAGCUGCUAAGUGUGGCAGAAGGAAGUUACCUCAUUAGAGAGAGUCAGAGACAACCUGGGACCUACACUUUAGCCUUACGCUUUGGCAAUCAAACUCGAAACUUCCGCCUGUAUUACGAUGGGAAGCACUUUGUGGGAGAGAAACGGUUCGAGUCCAUUCAUGACUUGGUCACGGAUGGUCUGAUCACUCUGUACAUCGAGACCAAAGCAGCAGAAUACAUCGCUAAGAUGACCAUCAACCCCAUCUACGAGCAUGUGGGCUACACCACUCUGAACCGUGAGCCAGCGCUGAAGAAGCCUGCGCCCGUCAGCAGAGAUGCACCUGAUGGGAGAGAGCCUCCUGGAGAGGGCGGCGGCCAGGAGGAGAGGCUUACCUCGCUGGUGAGACGGGCCACACUGAAGGAGAACGACCGCGCUCCCAAGUAUGAGAAAGUCCACAACUUUAAGGUGCACACAUUCAGAGGACCACACUGGUGUGAGUACUGCGCUAACUUUAUGUGGGGACUCAUCGCUCAGGGAGUCAAAUGUGCAGACUGUGGGUUGAAUGUUCAUAAGCAGUGCUCCAAAAUGGUGCCCAAUGACUGCAAGCCAGACCUGAAACAUGUGAAGAAAGUGUACAGCUGUGAUCUGACCACACUCGUCAAGGCCCACAACUCCAAACGGCCCAUGGUGGUGGACAUGUGCAUACGGGAGAUCGAAUCACGAGGUCUGAAGUCAGAAGGUCUGUACAGAGUGUCAGGCUUCAGCGAGUUAAUCGAAGACGUGAAGUUAUCGUUCGACAGAGAUGGGGAGAAGGCAGACAUCUCGGUGAACGUGUAUGAAGAUAUCAACAUCAUCACAGGCGCUCUUAAACUCUACUUCAGGGAUUUACCCAUUCCUGUCAUCACUUACGACGCGUACCCACGCUUCAUCGAAGCUGCAAAGCUAACGGAGCCAGACGAGCGUCUCGAGGCACUGCACGAGGCUCUGAAGCUGUUGCCUCCAGCUCACUUAGAAACACUGAGAUAUCUGAUGGCUCACUUGAAGAGGGUGACUCAGAACGAGAAGGAUAACCUGAUGAACGCUGAGAAUCUGGGAAUUGUCUUCGGCCCCACUUUGAUGCGAGCACCGGACCUCGACGCCAUGACGGCGCUGAACGACAUCCGCUACCAGAGGCAGGUGGUGGAGUCUCUGAUAAAGAACGAGGACAUCCUGUUCUAGCCUCAGCACCAUUCCACUGGCUGUAUGAAGGAAGUUUUUCUUUUUUAUCAUGGACUGCGCUGCAGAGCUAUAAUGUAUCAUUUGUUACUUUUUGUGCAAAGACUUGAAUCUCCAACAUGAAGGACCCGCUGUAAAAUACGACAGGUUUUCUCUCUUCUCCCCCACAUCCAGUGGACCAGUACUAACUGCUUAGCGUUCUGUUCUCCCCGUUUAAUGGGUGUGGAUUACAUUCCUUUACAUUUUGCAUGUCUUCCUCCCCAUUUUUGUCGGGGGUCGUCGAAACUGAAGGGCGAGACUGUGCAGGACGAGCGUUGCUUGUUUUGGGGAGGUUUCAGGGUUAUUGGUGGAUAGCCCUGUAGCCUCCUCCCGCAGCAUGUGGUAAAGCUCGUGAAACGUGACGCGUUGUGACUGUGCUUUUAUUUUGUCCCAUGGAUGUACAGUAGUUCCCGCUUGCCAAACCGGGCCUUUUUUUAUGGUGACACAUUGUAAAUAUGAUUGAAUUGAAUUCCAGUGAUUUGUGGUGACACUUUACAUGGAGGGCUGAUUUAUUUGCUGCACAGUUUAUUCAACUUAAAACACCCCACUAGCAGUUUUAAACUUUAAACGGGGGAAGAUUUUCUGAUUUUUCUUCACCCCAGCAUUUAUUAUUUAUACUACCCUUAUUUCUUGAAUGUCAUGGAACAUAUUUAUGUAAGGCUCUCCAUGUAAAGUGUUACCAUUAAUUUUUCUUUUUAUUAUUUUAAGAUAAACCUUUUGGUUUUGGUUUUUGUUUUUUUUGCCUCACUUGUCUCUGCCUCUAAUCUGCCUUUACAUGCAGUACCUCUUCAGGUGAACCUCCAGAGCCUCCUCAGCUCUAGUCAUGAAGAAGAUUACAAUCCGAUUACUUCUCAGUGUCUAUUAUUGUAGUCUGGCCUUCAGAAAUCUCUUGCACUCUCAACAGAACUGGUUAAUGUUUUUGGCUGUAAUGUUUUUGUAUUUGAUUUGCGCAUGAAUACAUUAAUUUAUUAAACUUCACUUUUAGAAA